AAUAGUUAAAACUCUAUGCUGCUCCCAUUCAUAUUGAUUCGUAAUCUAAUUUUCGAUUCCGAACCUUUUCCCAUGCACUAUGCAGCUUUACAAUCACUUGUUUAUUGCCCGAUAAUAUCCGGAAAUCUUCGAUAAUCAGAGAAAGAGAGGGUGAGAGAGAGAGAGAGAAAGAGAGAUGGAAUCCGAGCAUGCGAAAGAAACCAACGAGCACGUAAGGGAAAACCCCGAGUACAAGGAUGGGAAUAUUCUUCUUCCACAAGAGAAUAUUCCAAAAUUUUCAUCUUCGUCUUCCUCUUCCUCCUCCUCCUCUUCGAGUUCUUCGGAUUUUGGUAUCCACGAAAAGGACCCGUUCGACAUUUCCUCGUCCAAGUCUAAAUCUGAUGAAAACCCGUUAUCCGAUCCAGAAUCCGUUUCCUCGCCCGAUACCAAAACCCACACGCCGAGUUGGAGCAUGCUAAGCACCUCCCCACCGACGGGGCCCACGGAGUACUCAUCUCCCGAAAAUUCGACCCGCCCGCAAAUGAAAUCACCUCCGGUCCAAACAAUGGGCCAACCCACGGGUUACGACCCUAACCGUAUACCCUCAUCCGUUUUCUCCACUAAAGCAACAAACCCCUCCGAGUGGAGCGUGGCCUCGAACGAGUCCCUAUUCAGUAUCCACAUGGGGAACAAUAGUUUCUCGAGAGACGUGGGGAUUAUGUUCGGAAAAUCGGGCGAACUCCCUAAACUCGAGGAAUAUAGCAGCAAUACACAUUCCAAUAUUAGCCUUCCUCCGGUUAUUGAAGUGCCGGCUCAUGAAGAAAGUUGUGUGAAUUCGGACAAGGUUGUUGUGUCUAGGCUCGAAAAGCAAGAUUCGGACGAUAGUUCGAAAAGGGCGAAAAUGGAAUUUCACGCGGAGGAGAAGAAGGCUUGUAAUAAUAAUGAGGUGGUUCAUCUUCCUCCUAUUGCUAUGAAGGUUCCGGAAUCGAAAGGAGCUUCUUCACCUUCCGAGCACAGUAAUAUUACUUUGUCGAAUACUCCCGGAACUUCGACGAGUAAUCCUCGACUUUCCGAUGAGAGUGGAAAUAGCAGCAGCUCUUUCGCAUUUCCGGUGUAAGAAAUUUUGUACAUCCUCAACAAUUUAGUUUCUCUUACAUUGUUUUGAUUGUAAUGUGCUAGCAGGGGUGGAAAUCUGACUGAUCAGAUCUGAAUUAUCACUUACG